GUAAUACUACUAUCAGUUACAAUCGGAACACUGACAACCCAUUAAAGAGUGUACAUCCAAAUGAUACUCUCACAAUAAAAAUCCUUUCAUUCUGGUUUGGGGUUUUCAAGAAAUCUGAUUCAACUGCACUCAUCGACAUCAUGGGUUCCAGCAUAAGCAGGGUGGGUGUAAAGUACAUGGGGUUGUGGAGGGUGUUUUACGCUGUGUUGCUGGGUCAAUUCACAUCUUUUUCAAUGGCUGUCAUGUGCUUCAAUUCAUCUCUAUCUGCUAAUCUAGGUGUUAAUGCGCCAUUUACUCUGUCAUUCUUCGCUUAUUUGGCUAUGACAUUGGUUUUCGGAAGCAUCUUGUUGUACCGUCGUCAAAAGCCACAUAUUUCUUGGUAUUGGUAUGUACUAUUAGCAUUUGUAGACGUCCAAGGCAGUUAUCUUGUUAACACAUCAUACCAGUUUUCUUCAGUCACCAGCGUGACACUACUCGAUUGCACUACAGUCGUUUGGGUCAUACUUCUCACUUGGAUCUUUCUCGGCACCAAGUAUUCCAUAUGGCAGUUUUUUGGGGCAGCUCUAUGUGUUACAGGUCUAUGUUUAGUGCUGCUUUCUGAUUCCGGGGUAGGAGGUGGAGGUGGCUCCAAUCCUAUUUUGGGUGAUGUACUUGUGAUUGCUGCGACAUGUUUUUUUGCAUUUAGCAAUGUUGGUGAGGAAUUUUGUGUUAAGAAGGUCGGUCAGAUUGAAGUAAUAACAAUGUUUGGUUUGUUUGGAAUGCUUUUGAGCGUAGUUGAGAUGGUCAUAUUUGAGAGGAAGAGUCUCGAAUCCGUAUCCUGGUCUCCACAAGUUAUUUUAACCUUUGCCGGUUAUGGGAUAGCAGGCUUUAUGUACUAUUCUUUGACCCCUCUUGUUCUACAGGCUAGUGGAGCCACACUAUUCAAUCUGUCAUUACUGACAGCCGAUAUGUGGGCAGUGGUCAUUCGUGUGUUUUUAUACCACCAGAAGGUGGACUGGCUAUACUACGUUUCUUUUUUACUCGUUGGCAUCGGUCUUGUCAUAUAUUCAAAACCGGACAAGCAUACCUAUGAGUUACCGGAUGGUGAGACCGACCAACUGUACCAGGUGCUACCAGAGGAAGCCGUGCGAGUCAGAGUUGACAGUUGAGGCCACGGCGACAUCAAAGUAGUAACGAUGUCAUUUGUAUGUAAAGAUUCAUAUUGUUUUAUAUUUACACCUUAUUAGAUUUGUUGGAAAUAAUACUUGCAACAAACCUUAUUUUGGUAAGAUAUAUGAUACUCUAUUUUUUGCUUGUG